AUGUACGGUGAUUUGGGAACCAAGCUGAUUCAACAUGCCAAACGCACCCAGUCCCUCGCAUACCUCCCCCCCUACCAACGCGAGAUUGUCCAAGCCGUGACGCGCGAAGUCCGUGACCUCGACAAAGAUGUGGCCCGUAUCCUUGAACAACUAGAGCAAGCUCGAAUCGCCUCAGAAGGAGGAGAAGGGGGUGCCCCUCCUUCAUCAUUUAACCCCGCGGAUGACCCUGCAACCGCCUGUGCUCUAUUAGUUGAUCAUUUAUCAAUGCGGCGAAACAAACGUUGUCUCCUCACAUAUCAUAGAAUCAGAGCAGAGAAAAUAGAAGAAAUGUGCUGGAACGGCAUAGACCCUCUAGAACACCAGCAGCGGCAGCGGGAAAUCGAGAACGAGAACAAUAACAGCGAAGAACAUGGAACGCCCAGAGUUGACAGAUCGUCUCUCUCAAACGCCCACUACAACAGUUCCCUCACGCCAGUGGAAGAAGAAUACUUUCGACAAUAUAAUGAGAUGCUGAUGGCGUAUAAGGGCCACUGGACUGAUAUCGAUUUAACUGGUGGUCUAGAGCCACCCAAAGAAUUAUACAUCGAUGUUCGGGUUCUGAAGGAUGCGGGAGAAAUUCAGACUGAAUACGGGUCGAUCAAUUUGACAAAGAACAGCCAGUUCUUCGUGAGGUUGGGCGAUGUAGAGCAACUAAUCACUCAAGGGUACCUCCAACGAUUAAGUUGA